GGAAAAGUGGGAUAAGAAACAGAUCUAGAUGAAAUUAAAGAGAGGAGGAGGGAGAUGAAUCGGUGAUAAGAGAGAGGAAGUGGAGAGUUGCGUGAGAAAUAAGGAGUAGAGUAUAAUUGACCACGAGGGAUAUAAUUGACAAAUAAAAUGGACCUAUCAACUUAGAGCUCCUAUUUAGAGCUCCUAUUUAGAGAACUCUUAUUUUGUAAUUUUGAAAUUAUUUUAGUCCUAUUUUGUCUUCUAUCCUCCUCUCUGCAGCUUCUCCUAGCUCAAAUCGGCUGAAAUCACCUAAGGCGGCGGCGGAUUUGUUAGGGUUUGCUGCAUCUCUUCAUUCUCUUUUUCAUCAAUUAUUAUUGUUUCCCACAGUCGACUCUGAGUUUUCCUUUGAACAUGUGUUCUCAUUUCUUAUGUUGUAUCCAUCCCUACUUCGAUCUUCGGUCUUCACUCUUCAGUCGAACGAAAAAAGGAGCAGGCGCACUCCCUGCCUGAUCUCGGCUUCUCAGUCCAGGCGUCCAAGUUUCCAACAGGCAGAAGUGCUCACCUCCUCUGUCUUCCGCAUUCUGGAGCGCGUGCGCCGUGCUCACCUUCAGGCUUCACUGCCUCACUGCUUCAUGCUUCACUGAUUUAACGUUUUCACCCGAAUCACCACUUCAGCCUUCUGCCUUCAGGCCCAGUCCAACUGUUAAGUCCAAGUAGCCACUAGCCAGCAGCGCAGGGAAAAGUGCCGCGUUCUUUCUUCUUCCACGAAAACCCCAACCGCAUAAACAGGGCUUCCAGGCAUUCCAAGCUUCCAGCACGCAGGCCGCAUAGCCCGCACUGCCGCAGCAAGCCAGCAAGGCGACAGUCCGUCCGUCCAUCCCCCAAGCCAGCACGCAGGCCGCAGCCACGCAAUCACGCCGCACGCAGGACCUCAGCGGCCGAACUCCGCCGAAGUGCAGCGGCCGAAGUCCGCCGAAGUGCCGAACGCCGCCCCUCUUUGACUCUUUUUCGGCUCAUAUUGGCUCAAAUCCGCUCAAACGGCUCAAUAGAGUGAGCCAGUGCUUAAGAGUUCAGAUGAUGUGCCUGAUUCCUGAGAAGUGAGAAGUGCUGCCUAAGUCCUAACUCCUAAGUGCUUAAGAGGUACAGAUUUGAGAAGUUGAUACACUACAAGCCAUUAAUGAGUCACGCGGAGAUGGGUCGAUAUAAAAAGAUCUUUGCUAUACAAGAUGCAACUUUUUGAGGGAUGGAUGACUCCGCAUCCUAUCCGCCUAUAGAACCUUCCAGCUUUGAUCUAAUCGUUAUAGGUACCGGUGUAUCGGAAUCCAUCAUUGCCGCCGCGGCCUCUGCCGCCGGAAAAUCUGUCAUCCAUCUUGACCCCAAUCCAUUCUAUGGUUCUCAUUACGCUUCUCUCCCCCUACAUGACUUCACUUCAUUCCUUCAAUCCCAUUCUAACUCUUCCUCCACCCCUCAUCCUGCUUCACAAUACCACCAUGAAUCGGAUUUCCAUCUCAUGCCGCUUCGUACUCGCCAGAUGUACUCCUCCAUUGAUGUCUCUCUGUACUCGCAGGAGCCUAUGAACUACUCCAGCAAGUUCAACAUUGAUUUGGCCGGACCUAGGGUUUUAUUUUGCGCUGAUUCUAUGGUUGACCUCAUUUUAAAUACGGGUAUCAAUCUGUAUAUGGAGUUCAAAUCGGUGGACAGGAGCUUCAUCUAUGAUGGAAAUGGUAACUUGGAUUAUGUGCCUGAUUCGCGCAGUGCAAUUUUCAAGGACCGCAAUUUAAGUUUCACUGAGAAGAAUCAGUUGAUGAGGUUCUUCAAGAUGGUACAGGGGCAUUUGGGGGAAGAUUACACGGAAAUCAACCGGAUAUCUCAGGAUGAUCUGGAGAGUCCGUUUUGUGAGUUCCUGAGCAAAAUGGGGCUUUCGUCCAAGCUAAAAUCGAUUAUACUUUAUGCUAUAGCCUUAGCAGCUGAUGAUCAGGAAAGUGUGGAGGGUUAUAAAGUUAUCAAGACCAGGGAUGGGAUAGAUCGUUUAGCUCUUUAUCACUCUUCAGUGGGCAGGUUCUCCCAUGCACCUGGUGCUAUGAUUUAUCCAAUGUAUGGCCAAGGGGAACUUUCACAAUCCUUUUGCCGGCGUGCUGCUGUGAAAGGGUGUAUAAAUGUUCUUCGGAUGCCUGUCAAUUUUAUUCUCAAGGACAAGGGAAGUGGAAAUUACAAAGGUGUCAAAUUGGCUUCUGGUCAAGAACUAUUAAGUCAUAAUUUGAUAUUGGCUUCACCAUUUGUAAUUCCCUUUGAUACUGUCGAGUCUCGUAAUCAAUCUCUGCAAGAUGAUUCUCUUGGUCUCAAUAAAAAAGAUGUAGUCAAAGAGAAGCUGGUUAAGGGAAUAUGCAUCGCAAAGUCCUCACUGAAACCAGAUGUGGCAAACUGCUUAAUAUUCUUUCCUCCUCGAUCUUUGAUCCCUGAACAGGUGUCAUCAAUUCAUGUCUUCCAGUUAAGCAGCAAUGUAGCGGUUUGCCCAAGUGGAAUGUUUGUGACUUACCUUUCAGUUAUAUGUGAAGAUGCUGUGCAAGGGAAGAACCUGCUUGACGCAGCCAUUAAUGCAUUGUUCUAUGUUCCUGUUUCUGGCACUUCUCAAAAUGAUCAUACAGACCAUCCAAAUUCAAAUGCCAAACCGGCAAUACUUUGGAGCACCUUGUAUGUACAAGAGCUGACAAAGGAGGAUUCAUUUGAUUCUGUCGCUUCAGUCUCAAUGCCGGACGGGAAUCUGCAUUACAAUGAGGUUUUGGCUGCCUCUGUUAAGAUAUUUGAGAAAAUGUACCCUGGUGAAGAUUUCCUCCCAAGAGGAGGAACAGGUGUGAAUGACUACUGCACCACAUAUGAUUGAAGGAUGUUUGAGGGAUGCAGUUGUAAUAGGAUUGAGGAGUUUUUUAGAGUUCUUUACUAUCAUGCCAGGUGAAAGUGAAGAUUUCUCCCAAAUAUGUUUAUACUUGGACUCGUCAUGCUGCCUGUUGUAAUCAUAUUAUUACUUUCUCCCAGAGAAUAGGGCAGUUUAAGAUUCAAAGCUGAACCAAACCCAACUUUAGAUAGUUUGAGUUUGGUUAGUUUAACAUCUUCACAAGCUGAACCCUUUUAUAGAUUGGUUCACUUACAUUCACGGGUAAUUGUGACUUAACAUGUUACGGAGUAUAUAUAUUGUCAAAAAGAAGCUUCAAAUUAUGGAAAAAUCAAAUAUAUUUUUUGAUUUAUAACUUUAUUCAAGAACCAUGUAUCUUUGUAUUGAGUAUUCAUAACAUACUGGUAUUAUAAAUUAACGUUUCUGUUUCCUUU